UUUUCGUAUGGUGUGUGUCUGGUGUGUCUGGUGGUGAGUGGUGAGACAAAUUCUCAUCGAGCGUUAAACUCUCUCGGAGAAAGACUGAGCCACCGGAUUCGAAGAUCCGCACAUCGAAGCUCCACUGUUGUCCGCCAGGACUGGCGCGUUACUGUGAAAUCGUGACGUGAAGUUCUUCGGAGUGGACCCCGCACCGGAAUCGGCGAAGUCAGGGUUUCAUCUCCGCAACCGUUAGCCAUGUCUAAUGGGUCGGCUCUCCAGAAAGCCAUAGAGUUGGUGACCAAGGCAACCGAAGAAGAUCGUGCGAAGAACUACGAGGAAGCGCUUCGAUACUACGAAAAUGGUGUCGAAUAUUUCCUCCAUGCAGUACGAUAUGAGGCCCAGAACGAUAAGGCGAAGGACUCCAUUAGGACGAAAUGCAUGACUUAUUUAGACAGAGCAGAGAAGCUCAAGGAAUAUCUCAAAGGCGCGAACAGCGGCGGAAAUAAGAAGAAGCCUGUGAAAGAAGACGAUGCCGAUGAAAACUCCGACAACAGCGAGGACCCAGAGAAGAAGAAGUUGAUGUCGCAAUUGGACGGAACUGUGAUUGUUGAGACGCCCAACGUCAAAUGGGAAGAUGUGGCCGGGCUGGAGGCGGCGAAGGAAGCGUUGAAAGAGGCUGUGAUUCUACCAAUUAAAUUUCCGCAUCUCUUCACUGGGAAACGGACACCGUGGAAAGGAAUCCUCUUAUUCGGGCCACCUGGAACCGGGAAAUCAUAUCUAGCCAAGGCAGUGGCGACUGAAGCCCAGAACUCGAGCUUUCUCUCAGUAUCCAGCUCUCAUUUGGUAAGCAAGUGGCUGGGUGAGUCCGAGAAAUUGGUGCGGGGAUUAUUCGAGAUGGCGCGAGCACGGAAGCCCGCGAUCAUUUUCAUCGACGAGAUUGAUUCGUUGUGCUCGACGCGGUCAGACAAUGAAGCAGACGCUACCCGGAGAAUUAAAACAGAGUUCCUGGUGCAGAUGCAGGGUGUGAACAACGAUAAUGAAGGUAUCCUCGUUUUGGGAGCGACCAACAUUCCGUGGGUUCUGGAUGCGGCGAUCAGGCGUCGUUUCGAGAAGAGAAUAUACAUCCCUCUGCCUGAGGCGCCGGCCCGGACGGUCAUGUUCAAGUUACACAUUGGAAACACCCCCCACACUCUGACGGAAAAGGACUUCAAAACAUUAGGGGAAAUCUCCGAAGGCUAUUCAGGCGCCGAUAUAUCCGUCGUGGUUCGGGACUCUCUCAUGCAGCCCGUAAGGAAGGUUCAAAGCGCCACCCACUUCAAGAAAGUUUCGGGACCUUCAAGAGAUGACCCCACGAAGACGGUUCAUGAUCUCCUAAUGCCCUGCAGUCCUGGCGAUCGGGGGGCUAUGGAGAUGAACUGGAUGCGAGUGCCCGGAGAGAAACUUUGCGAACCAAAGGUCACCAUGAAGGACGUGCAACUAAGCUUGUCUCAGUCAAAACCAACGGUUAACGAAGCUGAUCUGGUGAAGCUCAAGGCUUUCAUGACCGACUUCGGACAAGAAGGUUGAAAGCGGAGGAUUCUGCUCAGGAUCUUCCGCUACACCGAAGCACAGCUGAAGCCGUUUCGUUAUCUCAAGAAAAGAAAUAGAGAUACUUCUAUUUUGUGAUGUCCAGCGAUUGAUCUCGCCGAGAAACAAUGUAUAGCUAAUCGCCCUGGGUUGAACUGUUGAUUGCAUUCUUAGUAUGGUGACCUCGAACUGUCGUGACGGUGCGAUGAUAAUCAAGAAGUCCUCGUGUGCGAAUCUGAAAACCUAAGCAGACCCUAGAAUUAAAGAAAAUAUAUGUCAUGUUUCGGGAGAAA